AGGGCUAUUCCAUAGUUUCAGUUACGUCAAUGAUCCCACGAUUCAGCAUUCAGAGAUAUCGUGGUAUUGAUGAAUGUAGCCGCUUGAUACGCCCUGGUGGCCGAGUUGAGUUGUGUCGAGAUAACCCUCGUACUACCUCAAUAGGUACCUACCUACGAUACCGGCCCCUCCAUCCUCUCCGUCGCGUCAACAACCGGGGGGUCCAAUUGCGGCGACCUCGGUUUCUCCAGGCCCUCUCAUUCAUCUUUUUUCUCCUCUCGGUCCCUCAAACUAUUCGACUUCAAAGUCCACUCAAAGGGAACCAGUCACCCACCCUCCAGCGGGCGCAUUGAGCCAUAUUGCCCCUCAGUCUCACCUGGCUCACUACAUCCCACCAUGAUCCUCGGCCCCAUCAGUCUCAUCGACUGCCUUGUUUUCUGCGUAUUCCUCCUGCCGCAGCUUUUCUGGGACGUUGGGGUCAUCCAAACUUUUGUCGUCGCCGUAAAGGCCCUGCCGUUUCUCUGUUCGUGGUUCCUGACCCCCCCUCGCUUCGUCUACCUCCGACGGAUGCCACAUGAUUCUCAUGCUCACAUGUCAAACAGUGCUCAAGCUCCCCUAUCAGCUUGUCCUGGAGCGUUACUUUACGCACGUGAGCCAACAGGCCGCAUUUAUCCAAGGUUCCACGCUUUUCGAGGACGUUGUCAUCCGCUGUGUGCGGUACGCAUUCAAGUCUAUCCCGGCUCGCGUGUCCAGGAGCUUCUUUUCAAAGUUCGUCUCACUCGCCUUCCUCCGUUGGCGAAUGCUCCGCCAUGGGUACUUGAAAUCCCCCACGUGUUGGCAGGAAUAUGCCGUCGGAAACGUAUGAGAUACCAACCAUAACGUAGGAGAAGAUUUGAUGCCUGACUGUCUGUAGGGAAGUAUACGAACCAAGGGGCUCUGGAUCAUGCACAGGCCUGAGAAGCCUCCUGA